AUGAGUGGUGCACGUAGAAGAUCAAAAUCCUUAUGGGACAACAAAGAAGAAGCAAUCCCUCAAAGUGGAAAGAUUCUUGAUUCAAGCUUUCAUGGAGACAUUUCACCAAAACGAUCAAAUUCAGAAGCUAAUGAUGUAUUCAUGUCUGAUGAUUUUUCUCAUGACCCUAUGCAACAACAACCAAAUGAAAACAUCCCAUAUAGAGGUGGAAACCGAGACCGGAGUAGGAGUCCACCCCGAAGCCGAGUCCGGGACCGGGAUCGGAAUCGGGAUGAAAGACAGGAAUCGUAUGAUUCCGGUGACAUAAGAAAUGAUUCGAUUUCAAGGGCAUCAUCACAUCGAUCAUCUAAAGAAUUUGCUUCUGGAAACUCUAGAAGAGGUAGUCAGGGUAGAUUCGUCCACCCGGAAUCAGGAUUCCGUGAUGACAGGAAUAAGGAUUCCGAUGGACAUGGUCAUAGGAAAGAUGCUGAUUACCACAGAGACGGAGAGGGUUAUGUAGAAAGGUCACAUGAUGAAAAUAACAAAUCUUGGAAUGAUCCUUCAUGGAAUCAAGAAUCCCAAUCCCAAUAUGAACAAGAUUUUACUCAAAAUCCAAUCACUUUAAAUGAGGCUGAAAAAAGUCAUGACAUGAACGGAGGACCAAAACUUGAAGAAGGGAAACCUCUAGAAGCUUCUAGAAACGGGAUCCCAACUGAAAAUAAGGAGCAGGAGCAGUUUUCUCAAGCAAAUGAGAAGCAAAUUCUCGCAAGUGCCCUUGAGUUGCUCUAUUCCCUUCCGAAUUCCGGAUCUUCUGGUGCCCCUGUGAGUGAUCCCAUCAAAGCGGGAAUCGUGGCUGAUUCCGUGGAACAGGGGAAUCAGAUUCCGGUGGAAUCAGAUGUGAAGGAGGAGGAAACUGAGAAGAAGAAAAAAGAUGAGAAUUUAAAGAAUACGAAUAAUAGUGGGAAAAAUGAGGUACAAGGAAAAGUGGAGGAGGGUGAUGAAAAGGCAAUGAGGCAGUUUAAGAUUGUGCUUGUGGAAUUUGUUAAAGAGAUAUUGAAACCAACAUGGAAAGAAGGUAAAAUGAGUAGAGAAGUUUAUAAAACAAUUGUGAAAAAAGUAGUUGAAAAGGUUUCAAGUAGUAUUCAAGGGGUUCAAAUCCCAAGAACACAAGAAAAGAUUGAUCAAUAUCUCGCGUUUUCUAAAUCCAAAAUCACUAAGCUUGUCGAGGCAUAUGUGGGAAGGCAUCUAAAGGCUUAACAAAUGCUUGAUAAAAUGUUAAGAUUAUUACAUAAGGUGAGUUGAUAGUUGAGAAAGGGGGUAUUUGUUGAACCAUGUAUUAUUAUUAUUAUUAUUAUUAUUAUUAUUAUUAUUAUACAAUAAGUUUUGGCAACUGCUCUAUUAAAUUUAUUUAUUUGGUCAGUCAUUAAUUUACUAUAACUUAUGUUCCAAUAACCUUUUGCCCAUUAAAUUAAAACCCUUGUUGUAAUGUUAUUAUUAUUUUUUAUGGGGAAAUUGCAAUGGGCAAAAAGUGGUUGAAAUUGAAACAUGAGGGACCAUGACCGAAUAAAUAGUUUUUUCUAGUGCUAAAAUGCUAAAACUUAUUUUAUUUGAUAGGGAUUUGUAGGAACAAAUAUUUGGUUAUAGUUGGUGUAAGAGAUGUUUGUUUGUUUAGUGUUGUUUUUAAUUUGAAAUAUUUGUAUUGCCUUGUACUA